AUGUAAAAAAAAUUCUUUUCUUCGAUGUAAACAAACAAAAAAAAAGGUCGAUUUGAUUAUUUAACAUCCGACUUUUCAUGUGUUGUCUUUAUAAACUACCUACAAAAUAACAAUGUGGCUAGCAAAUUUUACAAUGUUGAAAAUAAAUGUUUGUGUUUCAUAGUAGUUCUGUUCAGAAAAGCUACAGAAAAACAAAGUUCUACUGUAAAUCAUUUUGUAAGAUAUUUUUAUUAUUAGCCUCGACCCCGGUAUCUAGAUAAUUUAAGCCCUAUCUAAGUGACAUUUUGAAUGUAUAAAACUACAAGCCUAAAUACAAACACAUUUAUGUAUAAGUAUUUUUAAUGUAGAUAGGCAUAAAGAAAAUUAAUUGUGGAUUACUUUAUGGCGAAAAUUAAUAACCAAUUAUUUUUCUGUUCUUUUACAUGUAUUUAUGAUGUCUAAUAUCUUUAAUCAUCAAAUUUUAAGUACAUCUUAGCAGAUCAGAAAGUAAAUAUGGAUUUCAGUUCGCACAAUCCAACAACAUCUAAUGCUCUCAACCUAGCCGCCAGAAGGAAUGAUGUGAAUGCUGUCAGAUCACUGCUCCAAAAAAUUAAUCCCAAUUGUGUUGACAAUAGAGGUUGGACUUGUCUCCACGAAGCAGCUGAUAAAGACAACUAUGAAUGUUUGCUGUUGAUUUUAGAACAUCCUGACUGUCGGCCACUUGCUGAGACUCAUGAAGGUCACACUGCACUUUACAUUGCUUGCCGUAAAAAAAGAUCCAUUAAAACAAUUAAAGCCCUUUUAGACAGUGUACCUGAUAUAGCUAACUAUGGAAGCAAUGAAAGUGUUACUCCUUUGCAUAUAGCUAGUGGCCAAGGAAGAACUUUUCUAAUACAGUUAUUAUUAGACUAUGGUGCUUUAAUAAAUGUACAAGACUUUGAUGGUGAUACACCUCUUCAUGAUGCAGCCAUGAAAUCAGAACGGGAAGCUGUGGAAGUCCUAUUACAUGCUGGAGCUGAUCCAGAAAUUAAGAAUGAUCCUAAUUUGUUUACUCCGUUUCAUUUGGCAUGUGGCCAUGGUUGCAUUGAUACAGUCAAAACUAUGUUUCCGUAUGUCACUGACAUCAAUAUGCUGUCAGCAGCAGGAGAGAGUCCGCUGAUGGUAGCAGUCAGGGGUGCGUCUGAAGAAGUUGUAUCUUUUUUACUGGAAAACAAAGCUGAUCUUCUUAUAAGGAAUGUUGAAAAUCAAUCAGCCCUAGAUAUGUCUUUGGCUUUAGGCUAUAUACCAGUAUUCAAAAUGUUGUUAUCAGCCACACCAAAGCAACACAUUAGCUCAAAUAUAAUGCUUUAUGCUUGUAAGCCACAUUAUUUCAAGACUGAAAUUUUGGAAGCAUUGUUAUACCACAAUGACUUGGGACCUGAGUUUUUUGACUUUAUAGAAUCUUUUCAUGUGACCUUAGAAACGAUAGGAAACUUGGAACCAUUUUACCUGACAAAUGCUCCUUUAAAUUCAUAUUUGAAUAUUUGUGAAUAUAUUUACAAUCAAUCACCAGAGAAGUUUAGAGAGUUUUUUUAUUUGUUUCUUUCAAGAGGUGUGUCAGUUGAUGCCAUAGACAUUAAUGAGUGUCCUCCUCUAGUGUAUAUACAUUAUUCUGGACACACAAAUUCAUUUCCAGAAGUCUUUAAAAUACUCAGAGAACACGAUUGCAAUGUAGAUUACUGCAGUGCCCGAACAUGUACAGACAAAGACAACUGUGUGCCUGAUGCGUUCAUAGCGUCCCUUACAUCGGACGCGGAGACGGCGCCGUAUAUGUUGCCAUACAGCUUACAUUGCGACCCUGCUACUCUGCUUAAAUUCGCUUUUGACAAUGGAAUAGGAAACAGGUUAUCUUUACAAUUGCAGGCCAAAAUAAUUUCUAUGAUUGAUGAAAGCUACGAAGGAGUUUUCGCCGAACAUAUUUCAAAUUUAGUGCCGUCGCUGAGGCAUAUAUGUAGAUUGAAAAUAAGAAGUAUAUUGAGAAAUAGAAAAGGCGGAGUGAAAUCUACUAAAGAAUUUUUUGUCAUACUGGACAAUUUACCGUUACCACCACUGGUGAAGAAUUAUUUGCGUUACGCAAAUUAAAUGAUUAUUAUUGAAAGAUAUUACAUACUAAUUUGUAAAUGUAUUUAUUAAAUAAAUCUGUAAAUGUAAAUAAUAUUGAUAAAUAACUUUCGGCAUAAAUGUCGGUUUGAUUGCUCAAAAUGAGUACUUAUAUAAAAUUAUUAAAUGUGAUAUUUUUUCUUAUCUGGAUAAACUAAAAUUGCAUUAUAAACUUAAUUGAUAAAAUAUAUUACAGAAAAGAUUAACCAGAAAUAUAGCAUACCUCGCCGUAUUAAGAAGUAUUACGAAUUUAAAAUUGAGCUGGCAAUAACCAUAGUUUUAAGCAGGAAACCAGCUUAUUAUAACACUAUAAGGCUAUAUAGCGUCCUCAUUGACAGGUCUGCUAUAUUUUUGGUCAUCCUUUAAA